AUGAGUUCCACAACUCCGCAUGGAGAGCCGGCCUCAGCUGAAGGUAUUUAUCAAUCAUAGCAGAAAAUGAAAUGUUUUCCUUCAGGGAACGGCGAACGGACUACGGAUAAUUUUUUCUCGUCUUUUGUAUCAAGUAUUUAACUAUAUUCCCGUGAACUUGAGAUAAUUCCGUGUUUUUCAGAAGGCCACAGCAUAGAUCUCAGCCAUGGAGCCAAAAGCUUCUUUCAUUCUAACCGUGAGUAUGCAAAAAGGCCUAAGGUUGUUGAAUUUUUUCCUUCAGUACUUUUUAGCAAAAAUUGUCAUUCUCUUUUUUUAAAAGUUGCACACUUUUUGCUUUUUUCGUUCAAGUUAUGCGCGAAAUUUUGAGGGUAGCAAACAUUUUUAUCAUUGAUUUUUGAGAGAACGAGAAAUUCUUCACAUCUAUUUUUUUCCAGACAAACAUGGCUUACCCAGCAAUUUCAAAGAAAUGAAUGAAGCUCUGCUUAACUUUGACACAGGUGAUUUUUAUCAGUGUUUCUGAUUUCCUGUAUGAUCUUCCUGCUGAUGCCAAUUUCAUUCCGAGUUAAAAUUUUUGAAGUUUUUUUUUCAGUGUCUAUCGACAACUUGGAGGCUUUGAAUGUCGCCCUGGGAUCAGUUUCGCGUGGUAAAUUCAUGAGUUGAUUACCAACUGUGUGAAAAAUUUCGUUUUGUGAAUAAUUCUUCGAUUCAAAUGUAGUCAAUGUUUCCCGACUUGAAGGGCGAGGGAGGCGGGGCAAGGGCGGGACGCGUAGCGUGUGCGUUCGCGGUUCUUGCCACGUGUACAAUUCAACCGCCAUCUACUCUUUGAAAAGCCCGUUUUUCGCUUUUUUCAUUCCUUUUUUAAUUAUUUAUUGAUUAUGUUCAUGUGUGCAUCAAAAAGAAAACAUUGAAAAAGAGCGGUUGCCGAGCUUUUUAGAUAGUCGGCGACAAUUGAAUUGAGCUCGUGCCGAGAACCGCGUACGCACACGCUACGCGUCCCGCCCCUUGCCCCGUCUCCUUCGCCUUUCAAGUCGGGAAACAUUGACUAUAUUACGAAAUAAAAGCGCUCUUUUUUCCAGAAAUCCGGAGGGAAUCGAACAAUUGGAGCUUCAAUCAGGCGAGAAAAAAGACCGUCGUCGCCGACCUUCAGGAAAAACAAAAGAGAAUCCGCAAAACUCUUGAAAGUCGCAUUGCGGAUAUUGAUGGGAUCUUCAGUGCGUUUCUCAUUUCAAUCAAAUCGAAAUGAAAAGAUUUUCAGAUUCUUUGAUCGACGAGUUGCGAAGUGAACAGCCAAAAGUUGCCGAAUACAGCUGUGAGUGAAGUUUUUCGAUUUUUUUGUGAAAAAGUGCAAGAAAAGAUGGCUUUUCCGAAUUUCUAAUCUGUAUUACCCAUAAAAAAAAGGGUGUGUUUCUUAAUCGAACAGGCCUUAUAGGGACCGAAAAAGUUGUCCCUAUAGGGGAAAAUCAAGGCGGUCCCUAUAGGGUUUUAGGGUAUGAUCUCUCAGCCUCUAAAGUUCAAGUGGACCCUAUAGGGGUCGUUCAAUUUCAUUCAAAAAAGCUAAAUUAUUCAUUUUAUUGCAUGGAGAUGCUUCUUCGCAUAGAGUUCAUGAAAAUUAUCAACUACCAUGUCCCCUAUAGGGACCGCUUUUACAAGCUUCAGUGGCCCCUAUAGGGGUUGGUUAAGUGGUCUUUAAGUUUGCCCUAUAGCGGCAACUCGAGAGUUCUUAAAAAGUAUUUUUGCAAAAUUUUCGCUGGGGUGUUUGACGAUUUUGCGGGUUCCGAGACGAAUAGCGCUAUUUAGGAUUGUUUUGAGCCAUGCGUGUUUUUUAAGGGACCGUAACUUCCAUUUUAUCAAAGCUAUUUCAUUUUUCAAAAUCAAGGAGAUCUAUUUUUUUUUUUGUUAAGUUCAUUUUAUUUCAGUUGACAUAACUGCUUUCCGCUGUCAAAGGGAGACGAGCCCUAUAUUGAAAAGUCGAGCCACAAGCACACUUCGAGCUGAACAAAGCAAUAAGUCGAAUCCUUUCAAGCGGUAUAGACCCCGGCGUCGCAUUCGUAAAUUUUUGCGAAAUCAGGAAGCUUCUAGGGGCUCAGAGCCUCGAUAGGACCCAUCGCAAUGAGAAUUUCGAUCAGAAUUGCUCUCCCUCGCCUUGA